CACGGAGGGGGUCCCACAUCAACGGCCAGGAUGAAAAUUCUCGCUGUCCAAGUGCAUAAGGGGCUAAAAAAUCAUAAUCAUUCCCCGCAUCAUCAUUCUUGGCAGAAACUUCAAUGGCAGAACCACAACCAGACCCUAAAAUCGAUUUUCCAGAGAAAGAUGUAAAAGCACCAAACAUACUGGAAAGAGCAAAAGAAGAUAUUGAAGCUGUAAUCCAUUCACCAAAGCAUCAUAAAGAAACGCAUGGAAAGAGUGACGACAUUAAUAAGAACACCCCGGUAGAGGAAGUCAAAGGGCCAAGUGUGUUCGAACGGGUGAAGGAAGAAUUUGAGGCUAUUGCCGAAGCAAUCCAUCCUAAGAAAAGAUCAGACAGUCACGAGUCAUCUUCUUGAAAAUGAAACAGAUGAAGUUGGAAUGUUAGAGAAAUUUCUGCCAGUCUUAACUGGGAUGAGUAGGAUAUGCUAUUUUAAUGUCUCCUAGAUUAAAAUGUAUGCUUGCUUCAAUUAGCAUGUUACUGUGACAUGGAGCAUGUUGUGAUUUGUGUUAUUUUCAAACAUGACUUCUUUGCAUUUUGAAAUUUUCAUUGCAAAAUUCUGUCAGUCAUAUGUUGUUGCACUGUAAUUGGACUGGGAAAUUUUGGUGAAUAGCUUCCUUCCGCGGUGGUUCUUGCUAGUUA